CGCACACGCUGAAUUCGCCAUGAAGUUCUGAACAGCAGCUACCAUCGAUAAUGAGUGUAAUGAGCCAAGUUGAGAGUGAGCUGCAAUAGUUGUUAAGAGCCUCUAGAAUCAUCGUGCUGCCACAAUCUCGUCUAGCUGCUCUUCCUGCCGGAAUACCGAGAUCUUUGAGAUACCUUGUCUGACUCCCGAAGCUGCAUUACCCCGAGAGCAAUGCGUGCACCCCUGUGCUGUGCGGGGAGGCCAAGCGACUUCGAUAGCUCUCCUGAUAGACAUCUCUCAUGGUUAACAUUUCCCUGCCAGACAAAUAUUGUCGAACACGAUGCUCUGCUUCGUUUGUAUCACGCUUUACGCUCUGGCCGUCCAGGCACAUCCCUCGUUGAGACACCCAGAACAUCUUGAGAACGCCUCUCAACUCUCCUCAGUGUACGACUUCAUAGUCAUUGGCGGCGGCACGAGUGGUCUGACGGUCGCUGAUCGAUUAUCUGGUGGAUCUAAUGCUUCUGUGUUGGUCAUCGAAUACGGUCAAUUUGAUCAGCAGGAGCCCUCAGUCCUUGUUCCCGGCCUUCUCAACCUGACGUCGUCUCCGUACUUUUUUGAUAUCACCAGUACUGCGCAAAGAGGCCUCAACAACCGAACCUUUCAAGUCAAUGCUGCUGGAGUGGUAGGCGGUGGCACUGUCGUCAAUGGUAUGUUCUUUGAUAGAGGCUCGAGGGAGGACUAUGAUGCAUGGGAAGCACUGGGUAACCCUGACUGGGGCUGGGACAGUUUGCUAUCGUACUUUCGAAAGAGCGAAAACUUCACUCCCAGCACAGACGAGUUUGCUGAAGAAUGGGACAUCCUGUGGGACAGCUCAGUCCACGGGUCGGCAGGCCCGGUGAAAUCAAGCUAUCCAGUCUUCCAAUACGAAGCAGUCAAGAACUUUUUUCGCGGCUGGCAUAGCUUAGGAAUUGAUACGCCGAAUGACCCAGCUGCCGGAAACAAAACAGGGGUGUUCUGGGCACCCAGCAGUCUCGAUCCUGACACUGAGACACGCUCAUAUGCCCGUGCUGCCCAUUACGAUGGCAUACCGAGCUCGAGGCCCAACUUCCACAUCGUCACGCAAAGCGCGGUUCAAAAGAUACUGAUCGAAGACGGCAACGCAUCUGGUGUGGAAGUGAGGAACCUCACAAACGCUGGCACGUUCAAUAUCAUCGCUACCAAAGAAGUCAUUCUCGCCGCAGGCGUACACUCGCCUCAGAUCCUCCACCUCUCCGGCAUUGGACCCCCGGACGUCCUCGAUGAUCUCGGGAUCGACACACAAGUCGAGCUGCCCGGAGUCGGGAGUAACUUCCAGGACCAUCCAACGAUAUACCACAUCAUGAACUUCUCCACCCCGCUGCUCCCAACAGCAGACACACUAGACUCGAACACAACAUACGCCGCUGAGCAACUCGUCCAAUACUACACCUCCCGAACAGGCGCAUACACAACCGUCGCUCAAGGCGGUAACACAGUUGCCUUCCUCUCUUUCCCCGCCCUCGUAUCCUCUAAUUCUUCUAUAACCUCCCUCACCACCACCACAGACGCAGACACCCACACUCUCGAAUCCUUAUACCCAAAUACUCACCCCUCCAUCCUCACCGGCUACGCCCGCCAACACACCCUUCUCCUCGCCCAGUACGCAUCACGCAGCACCCCAGUCCAAGAAACCGGCUUCUCCUCCAGCGCCGUCAUGCCCAUCACCCUCCUCAAGCCCCUCUCCCGCGGCUCCGUAGUAACCACAUCCACCGACAUCACUGUCCCCCCAUCCUUCGACUUCAACACCUUCGCCGACCCCACAGACCUCACCACCCUCAUCGCCGCGCUACGCACGAACCGCAGAUUACUCGCCAGCCCCGCGAUGCAGGAGCUCGGCGCCGCUGAACUCAGCCCCGGCGCAGGGUUCGUCUCGGACGAGCAGCUGCGCACGGCGUUGCGAGCGGUUGUGACGCCGAGCUAUUCGCAUCCGUGCUGUACGUGUGCGAUGAUGACGCGUCAGCUGGGCGGAGUUGUAGAUCCGCAGUUGCGGGUGUAUGGCGUUGAUCGGCUCAGUGUGGUGGAUGCGAGUGUGAUGCCGCUGAUUCCGGGGACGCAUACAAGUGCUACCGUGUACGCGAUUGCGGAGAAGGCUGCGGACCUAAUCUUGGAGCGCCAUCAGCUGCGCUUGUGGACGGGGGUGUGAAAGCUGCUGUGUGUCCCUUUCGGAAGAAGCGAUAGUAAGGUCAUAAUGAAUAGUCUGAGUGAGCAAUGGAGAUAUGGAUCUCGGGAACAGCCUUCUAUUCUAUCUAUGGGUAAGAAUUAAAUUACAAAUUAUGGUAGUCUUCAAUGUCAAAGCACACCCC